AUGAUCUGCGGCGUGGGGAAAUUGUUGUUUGUAUAUCGGGUUCCGGGUCGGAGAAGGGAUUUGGGGAAGACUCGGACUACAACCUUGAUCUGGGAUGAAGAAGGAUGGGUUAAUGGCCCGAAGAAGGGAAAAGAGGUAGGAGCAUUGCCACCUGAUAUUUGUUCUUUCGCGUACGUCUUGUGCGCGCCUUCUGCGAGAACCGUGUUUGAGAGCAACAUUUCUCAUAGGAGGCUUUGUGACAUGGGACUGGCCAUCAACCAGGAAAAGGAAGUUAGGGCAUAG